UGCCGACAAUGGUCACUAGUGUCUAGAUACUGAAAUCUCAAUACGGAAUACAACUGCGGGACCAGCAGCUGCCAGCAAGAGUUCAACCGCAUUACGCAUUAGUUGACAAUACAUAAUAAUAGUUAUUAAUACAGUUGUCUGUUUUUAUAUGGGUAAUUGGUAAAUUAAGUGUCGUUGGUUAUGAUUUACUGUUCCGGCCGAUGUAAAAUUUCACGUCAACGGAUGCACUCAUGAUUUGUAUACAUGUUUGUAUGGUUUUAUGAUUGUAAUCAUAUAAGAAUUAUUGUUACAAACCAUAAUGGAACCAGCUACUGAAUCAAUAUCCGUGCGCUCUAUGCGCCUUAAUAAUACGCUUUAUGGGCCUACCAUAAUGUCCAGUACAGCUUUGAACAAGGAAUUACUUUUUGAUUCUAUUAUUUUAUUAUUUGAUGAAUGCAACAAUGAAGUAAUGAAAAGUGAUCAGCUGAUCGCGAGUUUCAUUAACAAAUUCAAAAUGGUCAUUCCCGAAUUGAAAUCGCUUCGUGUGAAUCGAUUGGAUUUCGAAUCGAAACAAGUUAUUGGUAAAGGACAUUUUGGAGAAGUCGAACUAGUGGUUGAAAAGCAUACAAAUGAUAUUUUUGCCAUGAAAGUGUUAAAAAAAGACAUGCUGCUCAAUCAUAAAGAUAUUGCAUUCUUUGAACACGAAAGAGACAUAAUGGCAUCAUCUAGUUCACCUUUUUUAACACAAUUACAUUAUGCUUUUCAAGAUUUUCAAAAUUUGUAUCUUGUAAUGGACUAUCAUCCGGGCGGUGAUUUUGCUAACUUAAUUGAUAAAUUUAAUGGCACGCUGUCAGAAAAUACUGCUAAGUUUUAUAUUGCCGAAUUAUUGUUGGCUGUUAAACAUGUACACGCUAUGGGAUUUGCUCAUCGUGAUAUUAAACCGGAAAAUAUGAUGUUAGAUCGUACCGGCCAUUUAAAGUUGGUAGACUUUGGUUCUUCAGCCAAAUUUGAUCGUGAUGGUAAAAUCAAAACUCGAAUGCCUGUUGGUACCUCGGAAUAUUUAGCUCCCGAAGUCCUACAAUUUAUGCAAUCAAACUCGAUGAAUGGUUAUAGCCCUCAAUGUGACUUGUGGUCUGUUGGGAUUGUCGCGUAUGAAAUGGCAACAGGAGAUACUCCGUUUAAUGCCGAACAACAAGCAGUCAUUUACUCCAACAUUUUAAGUUUUGACAAUUUAUUAAAAUACCCAACGUUCUCAAAUAUAACUCCAGCUUAUAAGCAGAUGAUAGAAUGUUUAGUAUGUCAUGUAGAGAAACGAUUUACUGUGGACAUGAUGAUUGAUUUAGAUAUAUUUUCUAAAAUCAAUUUUAACACAUUACACGACCAGGUCCCUCCAUACAUUCCAUCGUUGUCGUCCGAUAAAGACGUUUCAAAUUUCCCAAUACACGAGCGUGAUCGUCCGACACUCAAUAUGCAUAAUUUCAAAAAACCAAAACAAUUUUCCGGUCGAGAUUUGCCAUUCAUUGGUUUCACGUAUAGUUUACAAGUUCCAAAGCGUAAUCAGCAACACUAUAUAAGUAGUCCAGAGUUGGAAACAACAAUACGAAUUAAACGGAAAGAGCUUGAAGAUGCACAUGUUUUGAUACAAGCUUAUGAAGAGAAAAUAUCAGAAUACGAUGAAAUGAUGAUCGCCAAUGAAGAAAGAAUUAAGAAAAUGGAAGAAGAAAAUGUUUUGUUACAUGUUGACGUGUCAUCACUUAGUAGCGAAUUAGGUAGACUAACUAAAAUAAGUGAAACCAGUGAAACUAGUAAUGAUGAAAUUGAUAUGCAGAAAAAACAAGCAGAAAUAGUCAGGAACGAAAUUGAUAAGUGGGAAAUUAAAACAAUCGGUGAAUUAUAUAAUAUGGAAGAGUUGAAGGCGCAAAAUGAAGAUUUCCAAGCACAUAAUGUUGAGCUGCAAUCACAAUUGCUUAAACAUCAAUCUGAUAUAAAAAUUUAUCAAGAAAACGAAGAACAGCUUAAUAAAAAAAUUGCAAAACUUAAAUCUAAAUUAAAACAUAUUGUACGACGUUCAAAACAAUUAACCGAAGAAAAUAUUGACAAUCAUGUAACAUCGUUGAUGGCUGAAAUGAAAACUAAAGAAGACGCAUUUGGCCUAGAAAUUAAUAAAUUAAAUGAAAACAACCAUGCACUCCAGAAGAAAAUCUUAGCCAUGCAAAUGGAUUUAGAUAAUUUGAAUAUUAAAGUAUCGCAAAAUGUCGACAAAGAAAUGGCAAUGCAAGCCGAACAUAAAGCAACUUGUUUGAAAAUGGUAUCUGAUUUUGAGUCUAAAUUAAGUUCUGUGUAUAAAGAAAAAGAUACUGAAAUAGAAAAAUUACAUACUAAAAUAGCACAGUUACAACAACAGUUUAGUGAUUCCUUGAUUUCAUUUGAGAAACAUGAAAAUGCAAUCUCUGCAAAAGAAACUGAGAAAGAGUUUGAAUCAGAACUGACAACACGUGAACAGCAAAUCAAGGAUUUAAAAUUAGAUUUGCGAAUAUUAGAACGCAAACACAAAACAUGUGAAGAAACUAUUAGUGGACUCAGGGAGUAUCAUAAAGAUGCUCGAGCUAGAUCAAAACAGGAAAUAGCUAAAAUACAUGAGGAAAAUAGUUUGCAAAUAAAAAUCAAAGAAGACGAAGUUAAGGAUUUGGAAAACAAAAUUAAAGUUCUUAAUGAGACUAUUGAAUCAUUACAACUAAAACUAGAUAAAGAAAUAGCUGAAUCUAAGAGAUUGAGUGUUGAAGUAACUAAGAUGAUUGAUGAAUCUAAGAGUUGGACAAGUGAAAAGUCUUCACUCGAAAGAAGCAUUUUGGAAAUUAAAACAAAAUUUAAUAAUAGUGAGUCAAAUGUAAAGACUUUAGAAGAAUUAGUCACCAAGCAAGAUGAACAGUUGGAAGAAUUAGGGCAAGCCGUUCAGUCCAUGAAAUCUAAAGAAAAACAAUUACUUGAAGACAUAAAAAAUAAAAAAGAUGAAAUUGAAAAAAUCAAAAGUGAUAUGCGUCAAGCAAAGAAAAUGUAUAAUGAGGAAAAGUCUCUGCGUAUUUUGGCCGAAAGUAAAGGAAAAACGAUUGAAAGCGUCCAAGAUAAUGUGAAAGCUGAAAUGAAACUGCUUACAGAUCAAAUUCAUGAAAAAAAUGUCAAAAUUGAUUCUUUGAAAAAACAGUUAGAUGAAUUGACAUCGAAUUUAAGAGAAAAGAGUACCUUGUUCUUCACGUUACAAGUUGAAUCUGAAAAGGUUGUUAAAGAAUUAAACAGGUUAAGAACCGAAAUGUCUGAGAACAUUAGUCAAAAGCAGUUAUUAAAAGAAGCCAACGUUCGGCUGACCCAGCAACUCGAAGCAACGGUUGAAGAUACAAAUGUCAUGCAAAGCGUUAUUGGAAAAUAUAAAAAUGCUCUGAUAGAACAAAAAGUUUACUACGACGAGCGUUUGAUCAAAGCUGACGCAACUAUUUUGCAGCAGACAAAACUUAUUGACUUCUUGCAAACCAAAUUUGAUGAAUUAACAAAGAAAAAGAGAACUCUCGGUGAUUUAUUGUUUAGUGGCAAAAACAAAGAGAAUAUUGACCAAAAAGAUAUUGAAGUGUUAUUAAACUCUGAGAGAAGUAAGUCUAAAGAUUUAGCCACUAAGUUGUAUCAAACACAAGCAGAGUUAAAUUUGGUGAGAGCUCAAGGGCCAUUUGUAUCACCUUUGGCUCCGACACGUCUUAACUUUGAUUCUAACUCUCCUGUGUAUACUAAAUCGACUCCGGGAACAGUUCGUAAAACUAUAUCUGCAUCUCAGCACAAGUUCGAUGUAAAAAUAUGUAAACGUGGAGGUUUACAAUGUUCAUAUUGUGAGUCCGAAAUAAUGGUGGGACAGCAGUUGUGUCAAUGUCAAGAGUGUAGAGUGUCGACACACGUAACAUGCUCUCACGAACUUUUGGAAGAUUGCACUGGUGUAUCAAAAGAUGAAGAAAAAUCUACUAUAAAAUGUGAAAACCAUAAAAACUCUCAAAUUGAAUCUUGGAUCACAAUAUGGGAUAAUACUAAACAUAUAUGGGAUCGGAAAUAUGCAAAAAUUGACAAUAGCGUUCUUUAUAUUCUUAACAAUAAGCAUGAUCAUGAUCGCGAACCGUUCUUUAUGCUUCCAUUAUCGUUGUCGUCCAACAUAGUAAAAGUUGUAGACGUAGCUCAGUCAAACGAUAAAACAUUUGAUAAAGACACCAACGAAGACUAUGAUCAAAUGUUUAAAGUAGAAGUGUACAACUUAAACACUGGCUGGAUGACAGUAUUUUUGUAUAUAAUCGUUUCGAGCCUAUCGGAAAAAGAAAAGUGGCUUACUAUCAUUAGAGAACACCUGGCCAAUAAUGAUUACACUAUCCAACAAAGUCAAAGUUACAAAGAUACUAUUUACACAUUUCAAAAAGAAAAAAUUAUAAACGUCAAUUGUAUCCAUCAAAUAUCACAAAGUGUGCACUUGUUGGGUGCUGACGAAGGUUUGUUUUCAGUUCACAUGAAAACACAAAAUGACCAGGUAAUAUACGAUCUCGUCUCCAUAGUCGGACCAAAACUAGUCAAACAUUUUGUCUUCUUGCCAAAAAUUCAAAUAGUCUUAAUGAUUGCUGGUUCUACGAGAGAACUUUUAAAAUGCAAUAUGCGAUCUGUCGUUCUAAACUCUGAACUCAGUAUUAUGGCGAAGCCUGUAAUUGAUGUUGUCCGAAUAAUUAAUGAGAUACGUAACAGUCAAGAAUCCAAUAGCGGAUUGGCCAUGUCCGAACUAAAAGAAAUAAAUUGCGUUGCCGCAUCUCAUUGCAAUGAAUUGGUUGUCGUCGGGUCAGAACAUAACAUAACGGUAUUAAAAUGGUUAGACGAUAAAUUUAUCGUAAAGAAAAUACUAAAAACGAAUGUACCAACUAAUUGCAUUUGUUUUAUGCCAACUGGAAUAAUUUUUACUACAAACAGUUUUUAUAAAAUAGAAACUGAAGGCUUCAGCUGUAAAAGGUUUUAUACAGAUGCUGUAGCCAAGGCACACGAUUAUCGUCCCAUGUACGCAUGUGAAUUGACAAAAAACCAAGAGUAUCUUCUCUGUUACAGUAUGUAUGGCAUAUUUGUAGACAAUGACGGCAAGAGAACGCGAGGCGGAGAAAUGAAAUGGCCAUACAGUCCAAAGAGUUUUGCUUUCAAAAAGCCUUAUUUAGUAAUUGUAUCAGAAUCUGAAAUUACAAUAAUUAAGAUCACUCAAUCUUGUUGCGUUGACGAAGACAGAUGGAGUAUUACUUCUACAAAACAGCCAAAUGACCAAAUUGUGUUAAAUAUAAACUCGCCAAAACUUUUAGGAGGCAAUGAUUUAUACCUAAAAGAUAUAAACGAUUAUCAAGGUUCGUGCAGUAUAUUCCAACUGGAUCCAUCUAAAAUUCUUAAGAGUUCUAUAUCUCAAAGUAAUUCCACUAUAGACACACAAGAUACAGUUGACAAUUUGUCUGAGUUUAGUUUUACGUCUUCUAUGUUAGAGAAUUUAGAUGAAGAACUAGUGGACGACCAGAAAAAAGUUUGCUUUGAUCCUAAUGUACAAUUCAACAGUAAUUGAAUCUAUUAUAAACAUUUAAUUAAUUUAUUUGUCUGUAAAUAAUUUUAGUUGCCGUUUCGACUUUUUUUAUGUAUCUUAUUGUUUUUUUAAUUUGUCUUAAAAAUGUACAAAAUGUUUGUUCUACUGAGUUUUUCACAAAAUGUUUUUAGUAGUGAAUUUGUUUUUAUACUAUUUUACCAUAUAUCACUUUAAGUUAUCUCACGUUUUUUUAAUAAAAACCAU